UAAGACGCACAGCACAGCAAAUUCUUCUGCAACUGGGUUCUUUCUCUCUUUCUUGAUCUGAUAUCAGCGAGUUCAGAAACAAGCGGCUCGUGUUUUUCCAUUCCUAUGAUAAUGGCGAUAUGGGUUUGUUCAAAGAAAGUGUUUCUUUUAUAAAGAAAAGGUUACAUUUAUAGAGAAAGAGAAGCAUAGAAUAGGAGGGAACUGUUUCAAACGUACUGCAGCAAUCGGGAGUGGGCUUCCAUAGAUAAGAAUUAAGCUUCAAAUGGAUAAUUCUUCAAAUUAUGAUGAUGGUUCUGAUCUGGGUUAUCUACCUUCACCUUCAUCAACUGAAACUCCCGGGUUUUCAACAAGAAGAGGCGACUCUUUCUUGUUUCGACGGACUUAUUCAGAAACUUCAGCCUUUUCUGAGCCUACAGAUGACCACAGCUGUUCAAGCGAACCUUCUCAUUGUCAUUGGCCAGCAGACAAGUUUUUAGCUCACGACCAGCCUGUGCUUGGAAAACUAAGAGUGAAUACAAAACAACAGAAGCAAAUUGUCAACGAUCAAGAGUCGGUAGAUGCAGAACUUGAACUGAUGAAAGAAAGAUUUGCUAAGCUUUUGCUUGGUGAAGACAUGUCAGGAAGUGGCAAAGGUGUUUGCACAGCUACAACUAUCUCAAAUGCCAUUACCAAUCUCUAUGCUACUGUGUUUGGACAUAAUUUGAGGUUAGAGCCACUUAAGCCUGAGAAGAAGGCGAUGUGGAAAAGAGAAAUGGAUUGUCUUCUGUCUGUUUGUGAUUACAUUGUAGAAUUUAUCCCAAAAUCACAGAAUUUAAAAGAUGGAACUGCUUUAGAGAUUAUGGAAAGCAGACCUCGAUCUGAUAUUUACAUCAACCUUCCUGCAUUAAGAAAGCUCGACGCAAUGCUCAUUGUAAGACGAGCUUUAUUUUGCUUAAAACAGAUCAAUUCUGCUGUUUUUUUUUCUCAAGGCCAUAGCUCACAAAUUUUUUUUUUUUUAAUUUUACAGGAAAUAUUGGAUAGUUUCCAAGAUACAGAAUUCUGGUAUGCAGAACAAGGAAGCAUGUUAGCAAAUUCAACUCGUGCUGGUUCAUUUCGCAGAGUGAUUGUACAGCGAAAAGAAGAGAAAUGGUGGGUGCCAGUUCCAUGUGUUCCUCCAGGUGGUCUAACAGAAAAGUCAAGAAAGCAUUUGAGACACAAACGCGAUGCUGCUAAUCAAAUUCACAAAGCAGCAAUGGCUAUUAAUAGUAGUAUUCUCGCUGAAAUGGAUAUUCCAGAUACAUACAUGGCAUCUCUUCCAAAGAGUGGAAGAGCAAGCCUUGGCGACACAAUUUACCGUUAUAUGUGUUCAACAGAUAAAUUCUCCCCCCACCAUGUUCUGAACCGUCUGAAUAUGGCAUCAGAACAUGAAGCACUUGAGCUUGCAGAUCAAAUAGAAGCUUCAAUGUACACAUGGAGGCGUAAAGCAUGCUUGAGUAAUUCAAAAUCAUCUUGGGGCAUGGUUAAAGAACUAAUGUCUGAUGUUGAUCGGACGGACAAAAAUCAUGUUUUAGCAGAAAGAGCAGAGAGCUUGCUCUUCUGCUUAAAGCAAAGAUAUCCUGAACUUGCACAGACAUCUUUGGACACUUGCAAGAUUCAGUACAAUAAGGAUGUGGGACAAGCAGUCCUAGAGAGCUACUCAAGAGUUUUAGAGGGGCUAGCAUUCAACUUAGUUGCUUGGAUUGAAGAUGUUCUUUUUGUAGACAAAUCAGUACGAAACCAAGAUUAAGGAUUAUCUUAAUCCAGGAGUAGUCUUUUCCUUAUUCCAACAAUCAGCACAACACAAGCUUCAGGCUUUAGGGAAUAUUGUUUACUUGUUUUUGCAGUUAAAUUGGUAGUUGCUAAACCUGUGAGGAACUAGGUGAUUAAUCUAUUAAUUACUUUCAAGAAA